GCGCACGCGUGAAAAAGCCGGAAGUAGUCGAAACAACUAAUGUUUCUCGCUAAGUGCGAAAUUCUCAAAUGUAUGUGGCACUCGCACUAAUGUUACCACCCCAAAACAUUAAAACACGCAACUCUACAAACAUGAAAACUCUAAUAAUGGGAAAGUACGGCGAUGUUUGCUAAUACGAGUCACAGGACGAAACCGGAAGUACCCGGGGGGAUUGUGCUCUCACACCUGCUGAUCAGCGCUGUCGUCCAAGAAUGGCCGCUGCUGCAGCAGGAAUAAACAAGCAGGGCGCCGUAGCGACGAUGGAGCCCUGUAUCCGACACGGGAGGGGAGCCAGUGGAAACGCAGUUAAGGUUCUCGAGUGCGGUGUGUGUGAGGACGUGUUCUCGCUCCAGGGAGACAAGGUCCCUCGUCUGCUGCUCUGCGGUCACACGGUGUGCCACGACUGCCUCACCCGGUUGCCCCUGAGCGGCCGAGCGGUCCGCUGCCCCUUCGACAGACAGCUCACCGAGCUGGGGGACUCUGGAGUUUGGGGUCUAAAGAAGAACUUUGCUCUGCUGGAGCUCCUGGAGCGCCUCCAGAAUGGAGCAUCCAACCAGUCGGGAAUGGCGGAGGACGCCCUGAAGGGCAUGGGAGAAUGUAUAAUUCGGUGUGACGAGGACGAGAGCCACACGGCCUCCAUGUACUGCACCGUGUGCGCCACCCACCUGUGCGCCGAGUGCUCUCAGCUCACCCACUCCACCCGGACGCUGGCCAAACACCGCCGGGUGCCUCUGGCCGACAAGCCUCACGAGAAGACGCUGUGCCCGCAGCACCAGGUCCACGCCAUCGAGUUCGUCUGCCUGGAGGAAGCCUGUCAGUCCGGGCCGCUCAUGUGCUGUGUGUGUAAGGAGUACGGCAAGCACCAGGGACACAAGCAUGCCGUUCUCGAGACCGAAGCCAACCAGAUCCGUGCGUCCAUCCUGGACAUGGCCCACUGCAUCCGCACCUUCACAGACGAGGUGUCCGAGUACUCGAGGAAGCUGGUGGGCAUCGUGCAGCAAAUCGAAGGCGGGGAGCAGAUAGUGGAGGACGGCGUAGGCAUGGCGCACACCGAGCACGUGCCCGGUACGGCGGAGAGCGCUCGAUCCUGCGUCCGAGCUUACUUCGCGGACCUCCACGAGACGCUGUGUCGGCAGGAGGAGAUGGCGCUGAGCGUGGUGGACGCCCACGUCCGGGAGAGGCUCAUCUGGCUGAGGCAGCAGCAGGAGGACAUGACCAUCCUGCUGUCUCAGGUGUCCACCGCCUGCCUGCACUGCGAGAAGACGCUUCAGCAGGACGACUGCAGAGUUGUGCUGGCAAAGCAGGAGAUCAACUGUUUGCUGGAGACGCUUCAGAAGCAGCAGCACCAGUUCACGGAGCUGGCAGACCACAUUCAGCUGGAUGCCGGCAUCCCGGUCACCUUCACGAAGGACAACCGGGUCCACAUCGGUCCUAAGAUGGAGAUCCGCGUGGUGACGCUCGGGCUGGACGGAGCCGGAAAGACGACCAUCCUCUUCAAGCUGAAACAGGAUGAGUUCAUGCAGCCCAUCCCAACCAUUGGUUUCAACGUGGAGACGGUGGAAUAUAAGAACUUAAAGUUCACUAUCUGGGAUGUCGGUGGGAAACAUAAGCUCAGACCCCUCUGGAAACACUAUUAUCUGAACACUCAAGCGGUGGUGUUUGUGAUUGACAGCUGCCACAGGGACAGGCUGAUGGAGGCCCACAGUGAACUGGCCAAACUACUGACGGAGAAGGAGCUGAGAGACGCCUUGUUGCUCAUCUUUGCAAACAAGCAGGACGUCCCCGGAGCCGUGUCCGUGGAGGAGAUGACGGAGCUGCUGAGUCUACACAAGCUGUGCUGUGGAAGGAGCUGGCACAUCCAGGGCUGCGACGCCCGGAGCGGGAUGGGCCUCCACGAGGGUCUGGACUGGUUGUCCAGACAACUGGUGGCCGCCGGAGUCCUGGACGUGGCCUGAGCCGAAGACCGGCCUCAGCUCCACAUAGACUCUGCUACUCCUCCUCCUCCUGCCCCCACCCACCACCACCUUAACACCCACUUUAAAUCAACAACCUCCUCCUCAGUCUUUCCUUGUUUGUGCAUCAGUGUGGGCGAAGGAAACAAAGAUGUAAAUACUCUCUAUUAAAACUCUUUAAUACUGUCACCUGGUUCAAAGACGACUCCCCCCUUCUGACUCACUCAUAACUGAGAGUGGAGCCUCUUUCUCCCCCUCCUUUCUCCCCCUUCUUCCUCUAUUCCUCUCUCAUCUCUCUUUCCCUCCCCUCCAUCAUAACUUAACGGUCCGUAUUGUAACAACAGUUUCCUUCAUUUAAUCCUGAGAAAUAAUAAUAAUAAUAAUAAUUAUAACGAGGGGGGACUAGAGACGUGUCUUCAGACUUGUGGCUUCAAACCAUUCAUAUAUUUCUCCUGAGUUUAAAGUGUGAACCUGUUGAAUCAGCUGGUCUUGGGUCAUAGGACGGGAUUUGUGGUGGGGGGGGGUCUGAAUGUAGUGUCAUCUGUUACGGAAAACAAACUGUUUACUGAAGUUUCUUAUUUAUGAGCCUCUCGAGGCCGAACAGGUGGGAGAUUCUUUUUUUUUUUUAUUUUAUUUUAAACCGUCGGUCGAAUGCACUUUGUCUGCUGCCUCACUACAGGUUUUGGAAGCAUCUGCUGUUUCUGAGUGGACUUGAGUAUUAACCUCACUGCUAUAAAGAAAAACUAAAAAAAAAAAACUAAAUAAAUAAAGUGUUGUGAAGCUUCUUCCUGUAGAAACGUGUUCAUACGCGGCGGUACGCCUCCAACCAGCCUCCAGUAGUAGUGUGAUGUGACACAUUUAAACGCCGACACUCGACUCGUUGUCCAGGAACCAUCAUUUGAGUUGAUCUUUAUUCAUUGCUAUGUAAUGUUUAAUAUUUGUAUCUAUGUAUAAAAAACAAAAAAAAAAACAAAA